CAUCAAACAGAUGCGGUUUUGUUUGAAUGAAUGAAUCGUACGUACCUAGUACAGUACGAUACGAUACAAUGUUGUCGGCUGCGUUCCACGACGCUCUUCACUACGUUUCUACAACAACUCCAACUUGUGUUCAUCUCUUGGAACGCUAGCAAGAAACGCAACACAUCAUGGAAGACAACACGAUGGACCACGAUGGGUCGCAUAACGAUCCUGCCGAAGCAGCGAUGGGUGCCACGGAUGACAUCGUCGACGACGUGGAUGAUUUCAUCGACAUGAAGGAUGCGGUCGAGGUGCGGGUGGACGACGAUCUCCCGAUGGAGGAAGACGCCGAGGACAUGGGUAUAGCAGACAAGGAAGAAGCAGCGGGAGCCGGACCGACAGAAGCCGACGUCCCCGAUAUGUCGAAUUUUCGGCUAACGUCGCACACUGAUUCUGUAUAUGCGGUGGCCGCUUCCCUGGAAAACGGGAUGCUCUCGAUUUUGUCGGGAGGAGGGGACGACAAGGCCUUUCAGUACAAGCUCUCCAGCGAAAACGGCGCGCGAUCGACGUCCACACAACCUCUGCCGUAUGCCCACACGGAUACCGUUUCCAGUGUGGCCUACAACACACAGUACGUCGGGAGCGAUCCCAAUAAGACCCCAAAGCUGGCCGCCGUGGGAUCCUACGACGGAUCCAUUUUGAUAUACAAUCCCGACACCGGGGAGCAGCGCCUCAAGCUCGAGGGUCCCUCCGACGUCGAGUGGAUGUCCUUCCAUCCCAAGGGGGGAACGGUGCUGCUGGUCGGAUCGGGCGACGGGACCCUCUGGAUGUUCCACGUCCCCCUCAACCGCUGCAUGCAGGUCUUUGUUGGCCACGAGCAGGCUGUGACCGCCGGGUGCUUUUCGCCCGAUGGCAAGUGGGCGCUGAGCGCCAGCUCCGACGGAACCCUGCGGAUCUGGGCCCCGAAGACGGGUCUCAACAAGCACGUCUUCCGGCUGGGGGACGCCGGUCUCACCUGCAUGGCCAACAACGGCGGGAGCGACGGCAUGUUGGUCAUUGCCGGUGGCGAGGACGGGGUGGCCCACGUGUGCCACAUCGGAACAAAGAAGGUGGUAGCCUCGCUGCGCCACUUUGAGUUCCCGGCCAGCACCAAAGAACCGGCAGGCGACGAAGACAACGAGGAAGAAAUGGAGUACCCCAUGAGCAUCGAGGCCGUGGGAUUUUCUCCUUCGCAGCCCAACUGGUGCGCCACGGGCGGGGUCGACGGCAAGCUCAAGAUCUGGGACCUGGCCAGGGAAGGCCAGUGCCGCCAGGUCUGCUCCCACACUCAUGCCGACGCCGCGGACGGAAUCACCCGGAUCUGCUGGCAUCCCACCCUCCCGUUUGUCUUUGUAUCCACCAUCAGCGGCAAGGUGCGGGCCUGGGACGCCCGAAGCGGGAUCCUCCUGCACACGCUCACCGGUGGAUCUUCGGAGCAAAUCAACGACAUGGUUGCCAACUUUCUCCCCAACGGAUCGGCCGUCAUCGCAACGGCCAGCGACGACAACACUGUCCGUGUCUUCGAGCUCGAUGUCGCCGUCCUUACAACGCCGCAAGCGGCGCCUUCCGCCGACGCAUCGGCGAUGCAGUCAUAGCAGAUUCAUUGUUUUAGAGAAGAGUCCGUGGCCGAGGCGCCUGCAAUUGAUUUUCGCAGAACUCAUACAUAAUACUACUACAAGUAAUAUUCUGUUCGAUUGGCUGCAAGAAAAAGUGUUUUUUCCU